AUUACCAUUAUUACUCACUCCUUGGAUUAAGGUAUUCAACUUUUCAUUUCCACUCUUUUCAGUUCUCACGCUUUAGCUGUCAUCAUUUCUCACACAAAGUCAGUGAAAAUCUUUCUCUCUCUCGAUUUUGUUCUUCUAUCAGUUACUAAGCUUCAAUGGACUACAGCUCUGAAGAAGAGUCGGAUAUCAGUGAAUCUGAGAUUGAGGAGUACUUUGAGAAACCUUACAAGCAAUUGAAAGACGGUAAUUACAAGGUGAAGAAUGUCAAUGGCACACUUCGGUGCCCGUAUUGUGCUGGAAAGAAGAAGCAGGAAUUCAAAUAUAAGGAUUUGCUGCAACAUGCAUCCGGAGUAGGUAAAGGUUCAGCAAACAGAAGUGCGAAACAAAAGGCCAACCACCUUGCUCUGGCAAAGUAUUUGGAGACCGACUUAAUCAAUGAAGCAGAUCAAAUACCUCAACCAGAUUUGAUCCAACCUGUCAACCAACCUGCUCAGCCAGUUGAGAAUUACGUCUGGCCAUGGACAGGCAUUAUUGUUAACAUCAAGAGAAAGUUACAGGAUCCUGCAUACUGGCUAAAGGAAUUUUCCAAGUACAAACCAUUGAAUUUUCAUAUAUUCUUGGUGGAUGGUGAUGCUCAGGCUGUAAUUGACUUCAAUAAUGACUGGAACGGUUUCAUGAAUGCAAGUGAGUUUGAGAAAUCCCUUGAAACUAAACAUCAUGGAAAAAAGGAUUGGAAUUCAAUGGACUUGCAGGCCAGUUCAGACAUUUAUGGAUGGGUUGCACGUGAAAACGAUUAUAAUUGUGAAGGGCCAAUCGGGGAGUACCUUCGCAACAAAGGAAGGCUAAGAACAAUUUCAGAUAUUGUUCAAGAAGCAUCUGAAAGCAGAAAUAGCAUUGUUGAAAACCUUGCAAAUGAAAUUGAUAUUACAAAUGAAAACCUCAACAAAAUGCAGUACAAGUAUAACGAGAAGAAUAUGUCCUUAAGUAGGAUGCUGGAGGAGAAAGACAAGCUACACAAUGCUUUUGUGGAAGAGUCAAGGAGUAUGCAGCGUAAAGCUCGUGAGGACGUACGCAGGAUCUUGGAAGAACAGGAAAAGAUGAGUAAUGAAUUGGAUGAAAAAAUGCGGAAGCUUGAUUCCUGGAGUAGAGAUCUGAAUAAACGUGAGGUGCUAACUGAUCAAGAGAGGCAGAAACUUGACGAGGACAAGAAUAAGAAAGAUCUGAGGAAUGAGUCGCUCCAGUUGGCUUCAAAGGAGCAGAAGAUAGCUGAUGCGAAUUUCUUCAAGCUUGUCGAACAGCAAAAGAGAGAAAAAGAAGAGGAUUUAAACAAGAUCCUUCAAUUGGAAAAGCAGCUAGAUGCCAAACAAAAGUUAGAGAUGGAAAUUGUGGAGUUAAGAGGGAAAUUGCAAGUUAUGAAACAUCUUGGAGAUCAAGAUGAUGCAGCUAUCAAGAAAAAGAUGGAAGAAAUGAAUGCUGAAUUGACUGACAAAAUAGAAAAUUUGGAGGAUAUGGAGUCAAUGAAUCAAACCCUCAUUGUCAAGGAGCGCCAAAGCAAUGAUGAACUACAGGCAGCUCGUAAAGAAUUAAUAGAAGGGUUAAAUGCUAUGAAGCCUCGUACUAAAGCUUCUAAAGCUCCUAAACCUAUUAAUAUUGGGACCAAGAGAAUGGGAGAGCUUGACCAGCAGGUGUUUUUGAAUGCCUGCAAGAAAAAAUAUUUUGAAGAUGAUGGGACGAAGGGCGUGGAGCUUUGCUCUUUUUGGCAGGAGAAUGUGAAGGAUCCAGCUUGGCAUCCUUUUAAAGUGAUCAGAGUGAAUGAUACCCAUGAGUCAGUUUUAGAUGAGGAAGAUGAGAAAUUAAAAAAGCUAAAGCUGGAAUGGGGAGAUGAGGUAUUUUCAGCUGUUGUAACAGCUUUGGAAGAAGUAAAUGAAUACAAUCCAAGUGGAAGAUAUUCUGUUUCGGAGCUAUGGAACUUCAAGGAAAAGAGGAAGGCAACAUUGAAAGAAGUUAUCACUCAUAUCGUGGGACAACUUAAGGGCAAGAAACGAUAAAGGGGAGAAGUACAUGAUAUAUCAAUGGGGCAAUGGAAAGCAAGACCAUUUUCGUCGUAAUGUACGAAUUCGAAU